CUUUAGUGACAGUCGUCGGUUCCGUCGGGCGCCUCACGCAAUGGUUUUAUUUUUUGCAAGCUCGCGGCGGCCCAGUAUAAAUGAGCCGGGCGUGAAGUGUAACGAAUUCAGUAACCGAUUCCUGGUUUUCUGGCUGUCAAGAAGUUGCGCCAGCUAUCAGGAUGAAAUCUAUCGUCGGUUCACUGCUGCUUUGCGUGACUCUGGUGGCCAGUAGCGCCCGCUCACAAACGGUUUGUCCCGAAACACCCGUCUGCAACGAGCAACAGACGCACCAGCUCGAUGGUUCCUGCAACAACCUGCUCAAUCCUGGCUGGGGAACAGCAAACCGUCCGUACGCACGCUUCGUACCGGCCAACUAUGCGGACGGCAUCUGGGAACCGGGUCAUACCAGAUCCGGAAACCCGUUACCGAACGCUCGGCAGCUAUCGUUGAAUCUUUUCGGUGAAACAGAAACGGAGCAUCCGAGAAACACUCUUGUCAGUAUGCAGUUCGGCCAGUUUGUUGCACACGAUCUGAGCUUUACAGCCGAUGCGGGUGGCAUUCAGUGCUGUGCUGACGGGAGACGGGUCCCGAGAGAACUUUCCUCCUCCAGAUGUUUACCGAUUGAGGUGGCAAAGGAUGAUCCCGUUCUGGGAAUGGAAGGCAUCGAAUGUAUAAACUUGGUACGCACGAAAACCACGCUGGAAGAUGCUUGUUCGUCGCAGGAAGGUGAAGUAGCUGAGCAACUGUCCUCAGUUACCGCUUUCCUCGAUUUAUCGGUCGUUUAUGGGAACUCACAGGAGCAGUGCAACAGCUUGCGUACCUUUGAAAAGGGACUGUUGGAAAUUGAGCAUCGAAAUGGGAAGCAGUGGCUUCCACCGCAUCCCAACCGGACGGCAACUUGCAGCGUUAAGGAUGAGUCCGAAUCGUGUUAUCUCACCGGAGAUGUUCGCUCCAAUCAAAGUCCACAUCUAACGUUAAUACAUCAGGCGUUUGUGCUGGAGCAUAAUCGAUUGGCCAGGGAGUUGGCAGAGCUGAACGCCAACUGGGACGAUAGUGUGCUGUUCGAGCAGGCACGCAAGAUCAACAUAGCGCAGUAUCAACGAAUCGUGUACUAUGAAUGGUUGCCAAUAUAUUUGGGACGGCAAAACAUGCUGGAGACCGGUGUACUCCCAGUGCUGGAUGUGAGAAGCUUCGCACGAGAUUAUAAUCACACCGUGGAACCUGCUGUGGACAAUGCGUUCGCAACGGCAGCAUUCCGAUUCUUCCACAAUUUAAUUGCGGGUCACUUGGACCUGGUAGCCGAAAGUCAACAACCUACGGGAUCAAUUCGACUCUCCGAUUGGUUUAACAAGCCGUCGGUGCUGGAGAUGAACGAUAACUACGAAUCACUUUCGCGAGGCAUGCUCUAUCAGCCGCACGACUGUCCGAACAAUCAGCUCACACCGGAGGUUAAGCACUACCUGUUCCGGCACGGUGGCCGGGUUGGGGUGGACCUGAAAGCAAUCGACAUUCAACGUGCGCGAGAUCAUGGACUGGCCUCUUACAAUGAUUAUCGCGAGUUUUGUGGAUUGCCGCGAGUGACGAGUUGGGAGGAGUUGGAGGAUCUUCUAAGGCCUGAUUCGGCCCGGCUAUUGUCGCAACAGUACGAAUCGGUGGAUGAUGUGGAUUUGGCUGUGGGGGGAGCGCUGGAACGUCCGUACGGAGAUGGAAUGACAGGAGAAACGUUCAGCUGCAUCCUGCUGGAUCAGUUCCGGAGGACUCGGGUUAGUGAUCGGUUUUUCUUUGAAAAUGAUGGACAGUUUACCGCUCGGCAGCUUCUUGAAGUUCGGAAAGCGACCAUGGCUAGGGUGUUGUGUGACAACACUCAUGGACUAGGGGAGAUUCAAGAACAAGCGUUUUUCCUCGUCGGUGAGGAGAAUCCGGUGGUUUCGUGUGCGCAGCUUCCGGUGGUGAAUUUAAACCGAUGGCCUUGAAGUACAAUUUAAUGUGAAUUUCGCCUUAACGACCAUCUCCACUUAAUACAUUGUAAAGAGAAUGAA